AGAGCUGCUCUGUGCCUUGGUCCCUACAGCCUGCUCCCACCGCCACCAGGGAGCCACCAUCCCCACAGUUAAUGCCUCUACCACCACCCAGCUCAGAGCAGGCGGCUGUUGCCAUCAGCUGUCCCCAGGGGCAGGGCCUUUGCAACUUUUGUUCUUUGAUCAAGAUGUGGUAAACUCUUUCCCUGGGCUCCACAGGCCCUAGAAAGGGAGGCUGGUUCUAGCAGGACCAGCUCCACCACCUCCUCAGUGCCCGGAGCCAGCUGGAAAGAGAUUGUCCUCUCACUUCUGGAGAAGAUGCAGACCCAGGAGAUCCUGAGGAUCCUGAGGCUGCCCGAGCUAGCGGACUUGGGCCAGUUUUUCCGCAGCCUCUCAGCCACCACCCUCGUGAGUAUGGGUGCACUGGCUGCUAUUCUAGCCUACUGGCUCACUCACCGGCCAAAGGCCUUGCAACCACCGUGCAAUCUCCUGAUGCAAUCGGAAGAAGUGGAGGACAGUGGUGGAGCCCGGAGAUCUGUGAUUGGCGGUAGCACUCAGUUGCUUACCCACUACUAUGAUGAUGCCCGGACCAUGUACCAGGUGUUCUGCCGCGGGCUUAGCAUCUCAGGGAAUGGGCCCUGUCUUGGCUUCCGGAAGCCAGAACAGCCUUAUCAGUGGCUAUCCUACAAAGAGGUGGCCAAGAGGGCUGAAUUUCUGGGGUCAGGACUUCUCCAGCACGACUGUAAAGUGGGCCCAGAGCAGUUCAUUGGCGUUUUUGCACAGAAUCGGCCAGAGUGGAUCAUUGCAGAGCUGGCCUGCUACACAUAUUCCAUGGUGGUAGUCCCACUCUAUGAUACCCUGGGCCCAGGGGCUAUUUGCUACAUCAUCAAUACAGCGGACAUCUUCACAGUGAUCGUGGAUAAACCUCAGAAGGCUGUACUUCUGCUGGAGCACGUGGAGAGGAAGGAGACUCCAGGCCUCAAGCUGGUCAUCCUCAUGGAGCCAUUUGAGGAUGCCCUGAGAGAGAGAGGACAGAAGUGCGGGGUCAACAUCAAGUCUAUGAAGGCUAUAGAGGACUGUGGCCAAGAGCAUCACCAUGCCCCCGUGCCCCCCCAGCCUGAUGACCUCUCCAUCGUGUGCUUCACAAGUGGUACAACAGGGAACCCCAAAGGUGCGAUGCUCACCCAUGGGAACGUGGUGGCCGAUUUCUCAGGCUUUCUGAAAGUGACAGAGAAAGUGAUCUUUCCGAGACAGGACGAUGUGCUCAUCUCCUUCCUGCCUCUGGCUCACAUGUUUGAGAGAGUGAUCCAGUCUGUUGUCUACUGCCAUGGAGGUCGUGUGGGAUUUUUCCAGGGAGACAUCCGCCUUCUCUCAGAAGACAUGAAAGCCCUCCGCCCCACCAUCUUCCCUGUGGUCCCACGGCUGCUGAAUCGGAUGUAUGACAAGAUCUUCCACCAGGCGGACACCUCAUUAAAGCGCUGGCUCCUGGAGUUUGCAGCAAAGCGCAAGCAGGCCGAGGUUCAGAGUGGAAUCAUCAGAAACAACAGUAUCUGGGAUGAACUCUUCUUUAAUAAGAUUCAGGCCAGUCUUGGUGGGCACGUGAGAAUGAUUGUUACUGGAGCAGCCCCCGCAUCACCAACAGUCCUGGGAUUCCUACGAGCAGCUCUGGGGUGCCAGGUCUAUGAAGGCUAUGGGCAAACUGAAUGCACAGCUGGCUGCACCUUCACAACACCAGGGGACUGGACAUCAGGGCACGUAGGGGCACCUCUGCCCUGCAACCACAUCAAGCUGGUUGAUGCAGAGGAACUCAACUACUGGACCCGCAAAGGAGAAGGAGAGAUAUGUGUGAAAGGACCAAAUGUGUUCAAAGGCUACUUGAAAGAUGAGGACAGGACAAAGGAGGCCCUGGACAGUGACGGCUGGCUUCACACUGGAGACAUUGGGAAAUGGCUGCCGGAGGGAACACUUAAAAUCAUUGAUCGGAAAAAGCACAUAUUCAAACUUGCCCAGGGGGAGUAUGUGGCGCCAGAGAAGAUUGAGAACAUCUACAUCCGGAGUGAGCCUGUGGCGCAAAUCUAUGUCCAUGGGGACAGCUUAAAGGCCUUUUUGGUUGGCAUUGUCGUGCCUGACCCUGAAGUCAUGCCUUCCUGGGCCCAGAAGAGAGGAAUCGAAGGAACCUUUCAGGAGCUCUGUAAAAGUAAGGAGCUAAAGAAAGCCAUCCUGGAUGACAUGGUGAUGCUGGGGAAACAGAGCGGACUCCAUUCGUUUGAACAGGUUAAAGCCAUUUACAUCCAUUGUGACAUGUUCUCAGUUCAAAAUGGUUUGCUGACACCAACACUAAAGGCUAAGAGACCUGAGCUCAGAGAGUACUUCAAAAAACAAAUAGAAGAGCUCUACUCCAUCUCCAUGUGACGCUCAAGGAGGGCUCUCCUCAGUCUAAUGAACUUCGCAGCAAUAUUAUAGUCAUUCUUGAAAGAAAGGAAUCAGAAUGGCACAGCUGAAAAGGAACAAGCACCUGACUUUGUGACUGAGCCUUUCCUGACCUGAGAAGUCUCUAACAAUAUUUUCUCUACCAUCACCAAGUACACUUUAUUUUUAUUAAAUGAUAUUGUAGAAAGCUGCUAAAAAAAAUCUCAAAUGGCAAUGUAAAAACAAAUCAAGACACUUUCUCAAGAACUGUGUACCACUAAAAGUAAUAUAUUCUCAAUGUUCACAGAAUUCCAUUAAACAUAAAGGAAAAAAUAACUGAUAUAUUGUACUUAAUUAUUUGUGGAAUAAUAACCAGAUACAGUGAAAGUCUAGGCAAUGUGGACUACCUCAUUAAAUAACUGAUUGUCAAAGAUCACGGUAGGAUCAGACUUAAAGUGUAAAGCAACAUGGAGGAAAUCAUGCCAAAAAAAAAAAAAAAACAUGCUGGUUCACAUGUGACCUGACCCCACCCUCUAACAUGAGCAUCCUUGAUGAUGCAAGAGCCUUCUCACUGGUUUUCGCUUUUAUUUAUGAAAAGUGGAAAUGCAGAUGUUCUAAAAACAAACAUUUAUUUAAUAACUCCCACCAGUCUAUCAGUACAUUUUCUCAUUUAUCAAGCUCACUGAACUAUUCACAAUCUAUGCACAGAACUGUAGGUAGGAGUUGCUUGGAUUUAUGGACUUCUUACCAAGCUUAAAAGAUGUCUGUUAACUGCAUCAAAUGGACUCUUGGCAAACACUUAGGGGAAGAUACUCAGUGAUUUCUCAGGGUUGGCAACAAUUCAUGUACUUAUGUUCCCGGUAGAGUCUUUCCGUUUUCCAUUUUCGAUAUGUCUAUGCCAAGUCUGGGGGACCAAAUAUGGCCAAAAUUCUGAAGAAAUUUGCUUUCUUCUCAUAUGGCUAUCAAAGCCAAUGUGAGAAGGAAUAGCUGCUAUUUCCAAAUAAAAUAACUCUUCAAUGGCAUGGUAUGGAAGCACCUCUUCAAAUUUUCCCUAGAAAACUAUGUGAGUCCAACGUAGAGGAAUCCAUGCUAACAGUAUGAUUUCAUUCUUAGAAUUUCUAGAUGCUCCUAAUUGACCACAAAACCUUAAUUGUAUCAUAUGUUUGGAAGCAUCCUGAAGUCACAAAUGGCCUCGAUACCACGGACAGGGCAGUUCAGGUCAGCACUAUCACAUGCUCCCUUGAGGAGGGCAAGGCUCCUUAGGGAAGUGUCUCUUCUGUGGGAACAGGACCCUGAAAGUACAUGGAGAAAUCAUGCAGUCCACGUGAUCUUUCCAAAUACAUCUAUGGUCAGUGUGGCAGGACAAGAGCUGUUUAGCCCUGGAUGGUCCCAACUUGCUUGUCAGUGAAUGUUCAGUUAGAACCUGCAUCAGCAUGCAGGCCCGUGGGUGGUCUCAGCCUGUAUGUGAGUGAACACUAUCUGUAAGAGCUUGGUAUCACUGUGCAGGCCUGUUGGAUGCUCUGCACCACUGGCUGCACACGCAUUUCAGCUUCGAUUGAUGUAGUCAUUCAGGUAGCUUUGUUCUUGUUGGUUUUGUUUUAAGCACAUUCCUUGGGCAUCAUUUCUUUGAAGACUCACUGUUGCACCUAUAAAUUUGACUCUGACUAAAUGAGUAAUCCUUUGCACGUAAAUUUCUUUCACAGUGUGGAGAAGCAAAACCAGGGCCUUGCACAUGCUAGACAAGUGCUGCACGGCUGAUCUCCACUCCCAGCCCUGUGUGUCUUAGAUUUUUAAGUACAUUUCUGGCUAGACAGAUAACACAUUCGAGAUCACCUUGAAAAUCACCUGAAGAUCACUGGUUCUCUAGAUAUUCAACCAACUAAAAUUGAAGAUCAUUACCUGAUUUAGAUACCCAUUUUACUUUAAGAGCAAGGGUUUUACAUUUCAGAUUUUAAAAGCUGGUUUCCAUUGUCCUUCCACUUGACUAAAACCUCAUAGUUGACUUUGACUCCAACAGAAUUUUGAACAACGCAAUUUAAGCAAAUGAUUUUUAAAAAUUAUCCUAUUCUGUUUAUUUCUCACUGUAUUUAGGUGUAAUUAAUUAUAGACAAUUUGUUUAUUUUUGUUUCUCAAAAGAUUCUGUGGUUCUGUUGAACUUCCCAGUCUGCGUGGAAACCAUUACACUUCAUGGGAGAAUGCAAAUGUGCUUAGAAAGUAAACAGUGGGCCUUAAAUGCAUCUCAUGCCCUCUUUCUCCUCUGUGGAGCACUACUUAAUUUUGUAACAAGAAAGAAAUGAAACAGCAUGUAUCAGUGAAAAAAAAAAUCCCUCUUGCUUCAGAUUUCCCAAUCUUAUCUCAGGGGAUAAAAAUAAUAAUAAUAAUAAAUUUGUGUUUCUCUUUAACCAACAUAGGAAAAAGGCUAAGUACUUAAGACUGUCAUGAUCCAAGUGGCAUCAUAUAUUGUUUAAAGCCUAAAAGCCACGGAGACUUGGUUCCUCAAUCAUAAAUAUGUUCUCAAAUGUUUGGCAUCUUUAACUAUUUGUCAUUCAAAUGUGUUACUAAUUCUCACAUUUUUUUACAAAUCAAUCCUGAUGGAGUAAAUGCUGUAAGACAGAUCUAUACAUUUCCCCCACUUGCCACAAAGCAUGUCCUUAUACAUGAUAGUGAGGCUUGUUCUUCAGAUGGCAGAGAAGAUGGGCCAGAUGUGGGAUUCAGGCCUAGCUCCAUGUAUUAAGAUCUCAAACUCAGAGGUCCAGGGAGUAGCCAUAUGCUGUCUCGUCACAAGCCUGAAGGGGGGAGGGCAAAAAAAACCUCCACUGAGGGUUUUACAAUCAGAUAAAUUUGAAAUCCCACUUAGAAUUUGAUUGUGUUGCUCUUGAAAAAAAAUGAUCAUUAUUUUUUCUGCCAUAAUAAAUUAAUUGUUCUUUAUUUUUCACAUGUAUGAAGCACAAGUGUGAUACAGUUAUUUAAAAUACAAAAUACUAGAAAAUGAAUGUAAAGAAUGGGAGAUUAUAUUUUUGCAUGAAAAUAGACUACUUAAAAAUUUGCUUAAUACCUCAGGACAAAAGAAUGAACAAUUGUAUGUAAAUUUGGUAAAUUACAAGUUGGCUGUAUCUUCUUGAUAGUUUUUAUUUUAAGAAAGCACUACAAUGAGGAGAAAAAAAAAAAAAGGAUCCUGAUAGUCUUAGGUUCUCUCUUAAGUAUGCUACAUAACCUUGCCUGUGAAUCUACAAAUAAUCCCAUGAGAAUGAGAUCAGCACCCAUCGAGGACCAGUCCCCGAGUGAGCACCUCAUUGAGAACAUAGUAAUGGUUGUCCUGCGGAGGUGAUGCAUACUUGAAAAUGUAAGCAAGCAUUUCUAAACCUAGUCCCGAACACCAAGGGUUUUCACGAGGUAAUAAUGCCAUGUAAGAAUUCUCCUGACUGCUCAUUUUACUUUUCCUUGUUAAAUCAUUGCGAUGAUUGCAUGGGGAGGGGGAAAUGGCUAUU